GUCUCCCCCACCGCGUCCGCGACUGCGACUGCGACUCUACUCUUUUCCUUUGCAAGUUUACGCUUUCUGCUUGUUUUGCCUCUCUGCGCCAGGUCGAGACUUUGCAAGUGAUUCUACUUAUUCGUGCAUUAUUGGGGGCUUUCGUUUUCCCGGAAAAUCCCAAGUAUUUCUGCUUCUGAUCUGUGUUCUUAGCGUAUUUAGCUGAUUCAGCUCAGGUUUCCUGAUUUAUAUAAUGGGUGGAAGUUCGAUUGAUGAUGACUGGGAGCUUGCUUCACUGUCUAGUGCUGUUCGCACUAUGGUCUUAGUUGGACGUACUGGUAAUGGAAAAAGUGCAACGGGAAACAGUAUUCUUGGAAGAAAGGCCUUCAAGUCCAGGACAAGCUCCUCUGGUGUUACCAGUACUUGUGAAUUGGAGAAAACUGUAUUGAGAGAUGGACAAGUCGUAAAUGUUAUAGACACUCCUGGUCUUUUUGAUUUUUCUGCAAAGUCGGACUUUGUUGGCAAAGAAAUUGUCAGAUGCAUUGAUUUGGCGAAAGAUGGAAUCCAUGCUGUGGUUGUAGUUUUCUCAGUUAGGACUCGCUUUUCACAAGAAGAAGAAGCUGCAUUGCGUAGCUUGCAAACUUUGUUUGGAAGCAAAAUUAUUGAUUAUAUGAUUGUGGUCUUUACUGGGGGAGAUGAUCUUGAAGACAAUGAUGAGACCUUGGAUGACUAUUUGGGCCGUGAAUGCCCAGAACCUUUAAAGGACAUCCUUACUCUGUGUGAAAACCGCUGUGUGCUUUUUGAUAAUAAGACUAAGGAUGAAAGUAAGAGGGUUAAACAAGUCGAGAACCUUCUAUCCCUUGUAAACAAGGUCAUAUCACAAAAUGGUGGGCGACCAUACACAGAUGAGAUAUUUGCUGAAGUGAAGAAAGGGGCCAUUAAACUUCGUGACCAACAAGAAGAGGUCAACUCCUUGAAGGGGUAUUCCAAACGAGAAAUAUCUGAAUUGAAGGAUCAGAUGCAGCGUGCACAUGACGAGCAGCUUAAGCGGAUUACUGAGAUGGUCGAGUCAAAGUUAAGAGAGACCACUAUGAGGCUUGAGCAACAGUUGGCAGAUGAACAAGCUGCACGUCUGAGAGCAGAAGAGAAUGCUCAACGGGCUCAGCUGAAGUCUGAUGAUGAAAUUCGAAAGCUUCGAGAACAUUUAAUGAAAGCAGAGGAGGAGCUUCGUAAAAGAGGUGAAACCAAGUGUGUCAUUCUAUAAACGUAACUUUUGACAAAGAUGCGUGGUAAGGAAUCAAUCUUUCUCCUCGUUUAACUGUUGGUUAAUGUGGAGUUUGCUGCAAACUGUUUGCGACAGCGAUUGACAAUGAUUAUGGUUUGAACCUUUUAUGUAAAUAAAUUGGUAGGAUGCUAAGUUUACUAUUUCUGUUUUAUACCUAUACAUAUAUUUUAUAUAUUUGUCUGCAACUUUGGCUUACAA